AUGCCCCCUUAUGAUGCAUCUCUGGGCCUGGAGAGAGGAUCUCUCGCUCUGUGGCUUUGUUGGAACAUUUGGACAGCCCGCAACAACUUAUGCUUUAGUGACAAAUCUUUCUCUGUGAGUGAUACUAUUGCAAAGGCUAUAUCCAAUGCCAAAGAGUGGCUUGAAGGACAGAAAAGUAAACUCAUGUCUCCCCAGCCACUGGUGUACUAUGCUCCAGAAGAAUUCCCAUCUGAAUUUGUCUGUCACACUGAUGCUGCUUGGAAUCCAGACAACAAGUGGGCCGGUUUAGGAUGGACCUUCUCGCACCACAACAAAAGCGAAGUCCAUUCUUUCUCUCGAACUCACGCCUCAGUCAACUCCCCUCUGGUGGCAGGAGGGCUCGCUUUGAGAGCAGCUCUCUUACAAGCGAUGAGCGACAAUAUAAGGACAAUAUAA